AUGGUAUUGCUGGAGAAGCAAUGGGUGAAUGUACAAGAGAAGACGUUUACAAAAUGGCUGAAUAACAAGAUCGUCUCGCGCGAGGUCGCCGUUAAAAACCUUGUGACCGACCUAUCUGACGGUAUCAUUCUUAUCCACCUGCUAGAAGUCCUGAGCAAUGAAUCCCUCGGUCGAUAUGCUUCGAACCCGAGACUCCGGGUUCAGAAGUUUGAAAAUGUCAACAAAUCGCUGGAAUUCAUCAAGAGUCGCGGGAUCCAGAUGACAAACAUCGGCGCUGAAGAUGUCGUUGACGGCAACAGAAAAAUCAUCCUGGGCCUAAUAUGGACCCUCAUUUUGCGGUUUACCAUCUCCGACAUCAAUGAGGAAGGAUUGACGGCCAAGGAAGGCCUGCUCCUCUGGUGCCAGCGAAAGACUGCGUGCUACGAAGGAGUCGAAGUCCGAGACUUCUCGUCUUCGUGGAAUGACGGGCUCGCUUUUUGUGCCCUUCUCGACAUCCAUCGACCCGACCUCAUCGAUUUCGACACAUUGGAUAAGUCUGAUCACAAGGGGAACAUGAAAUUGGCUUUUGAUAUCGCAUCAAAGGAGAUUGGUAUUCCCGAUCUGCUCGACGUGGAAGAUGUUGCGGACGUCCCUAAACCCGACGAACGAUCCCUUAUGACAUAUAUUGCCUAUUGGUUUCACGCAUUUAGUGCAAUGGAACGGGUAGAGAAUGCUGGCAGGCGGGUCGAGAAAUUUGUGAGCAAUAUGCAGGGCGCUUGGGAGAUGGAGUCGGCGUAUGAGAAGAGGAUGCGAGCUCUUCUGCAGCAGAUCCGACACCAGCGACAGACCUGGCGUGAUUCCAGGUUUGAGGGGACAUACUCCGACGCCAAAGCUCAAGCCAAUGAACUCGCCAGCUACAAACGGAACCAGAAACGAAGGUGGGUGGCAGAAAAGUCCGAUCUAGCAGCCCUUCUCGGGAAUAUCAAGACGAAAUUGUCCACAUAUCGCCUGCGGCCCUACCAGCCUCCAGCAGAGCUACGGUUGGAAGUGCUUGACUAUGAAUGGGCGGCAUUGAGCACCGACGAGCACGCAAGGAGCAAACUGAUCAACGAAACCAUUCGAGACAUCAAGAACGCUCUGAGGAAGAGCUUUGCGGACAAAGCCAACGACUUUGCACUGACUCUGAACACACUUUCUUUAGCUAUCUCCGGGCUGGAGGGUGAUGUCGAAGAUCAACUGGACCACGCGCAGCGACUGUCGGCGAACCUGGGACCGCUCGAACAGUAUCUGGAAGGAAUAGCUAUCCUUGACGAGAAAUGCCAGGAGGCCAACAUUGAUGAAAACGACUUCACGACUUAUACUUACGAUGAGUUGUUGUAUGAGCUGAGCCUGGUAAGGGCGAGUGUGCAGAAGAAGUUGACCUUCCUCGAAAACCAAAUGGUGGCGCGCAACAUGACGAAUCUAACGCCAAUCCAGCUUGAGGAAUUUGAGUCUGUAUUUCGACAUUUUGACCGAGACGGCACAAAUACUCUGACAGAGUUGGAGUUCAGCGCGGCGUUGGCAAGCCUUGGACUGGUCUACGACGAACAAGAGAUGCACGAGAAGUUUCUGGAGGUGUGUCAUACCGGUAUCGACCCGUCAAUGUCGCCGAUAUCUCGACGGCAAAGGGAGUCGCGUGGAGUGGGCUUCGAACAAUUCAUCCGCUUCAUGGUCGCCGUGACCGAAGACCAAAACAGCGCGGAACAGGUGUUCCAAUCCUUCCGCGAAGUGGCAGACGGGAAACCCUAUGUCACGGAAAUGGAUCUUCGGCAUUCAUUGAUUCCAGACGACCUCAUCGAAGACCUAUUGCAAAGUAUGCCAGAACACACGGGCCCAGACAUGGAAGCAGAUCGGGACGUGCCCAAGUAUGAUUAUAUAACUUUCAUGCAGGGCAUGAUUGGGGAUGGACAUCACGAUGCUGGACAGAGAGAUGAUGAGCGAGGCAGCCGAUCAAAUGGUGUCACGACUCCCACCACUCCCAGGCGGUAG